AUGGGAUCAACCAGUCCUCCGGCAUCCGAGUAUGAAGUCGCUGCCUCCUCAGGCGAGGGCUUGGGUGGACUGUUCUAUCAGCGGAUGCUAGAAGACCCUUCCGCCCUGGCAAUCAUCGACGAAGACGGCACGAGUCUCAGUUACGGACUUCUCCAUCAGACCGCUCUGACGUUGGCGCAAAGUCUCCGCCAGCAAGACCUUGUGACGGAAGAACCUGUUGGCAUCCUUGUCCAUCAUGGAAUAUACGAUGCCGUGACGCAGCUGGCCAUUAUCUACGCCGGCGGUACCUGUGUACCUCUGAACCCUCUGUUGCCAGACCGACAAGUCACAAGUCGACUACAAAGACUUGGGGCCCGUUUCAUCCUAGUCGACGAAGUCAAUAAAUCCCGACCCCUCCCAUUCAACCACCUCGCAGUUGGCGAGAUACCCCAGCUCGAUGACGGGCUGACAGACGUGAAAGACACUCCUCUUCCCGUGGCCACAAAUCUGGGGCAUUGCACCCACCUCAUUCACACAUCCGGCACAACCAGCGAGCCUAAGGCGGUGCAGGUGCGAGGGAUCUCAAUCCUUCAUGUUUCACACCACGCCCCUUAUGAGCCUGUUCAGAAGACAGAUGUUGUGGGUCACUGCAACAAUACGAGCUUUGACGUUGCGCUCUUCGAUAUCUGGGGGGCUUUACUUCGCGGUGCAACCAUUGGCGUGCUGCAGAAAUCAACAUUACUGGAUAUCGCCAAUCUGGGAGCGGUCAUCCGUCAGCUCGGCAUUACCAUUAUGGCUAUCACAGCGCCAUUGGUGAACUUGGCGGCAAGCACGGCACCGACAACUUUCGCAUCUCUCCGGGUGGUCCUCAUGGGCGGAGAAGCGGUCAAUCUUGUUGCCAUGAAGACAAUUCUGGAGGCCGGCCCUCCACAGCAUCUGAUGAACGCCUAUGGGCCAACAGAAUGUUGCGUCUAUUGCCUCACUCAUGAGAUCACCAUGGCAGACAUAGACGCCGGGAGUGUCAGCAUUGGCGAGCCGAUCGGUCACAAUGUCUGCUGUGUGUGUGACGAUGCAGGGCAAAUUGUUCCUGACGGCGAAGAAGGCGAGUUGCUGGUUGGGGGGCCCGGUGUGGCGAUUGGUUAUUUUGAUCAGCCUGACAAAAACGCUCAAACUUUCAUCACCGUCGAUGGAUAUAAGAACCCCGAUACUGGUGAGCCUUACCGCAUGUAUCGAACCGGAGAUAUGGUACGGCGACGCAGCGAUGGGCAGCAUGAUUUCCUCGGGCGCCGAGAUCACCAGGUGAAGAUCAGAGGAUUCCGAAUCGAGCUCAGCGCCGUUGAUGCGGCAGUCAUGGACACCGGCUUUUUCACAAAUGGCUUUUCCAUGCGAAUGGAUGAAAAGGAGGAAGGUGCGGGCGCCACCCUGGUGGCAUUUGUUGUUCUUCAGCCAACUGCUGGUCCUGGGGCCGUGUCAGACGCGUUGCAAAAGCUACGGGAAACGUUACCUGAUUAUAUGGUUCCACACCUCCAGGUUGUCGCCGAUUUGCCUCUUAAUUCCAAUGCUAAGGUGGACCGCCAAAAGCUGAGUGAGAUCUAUCACCAGCUGCGAGCUAAGCAUUUGGCUGAAACUUGGGGGGAUGCGAGCUUGAGCACACGUGCUCACAUUGCCGGGCUGUGGGCAACCAUCUUGGCCACCCCAGUUCCUCAAUACUCGGACGACGAUGACUUUUUCGAACACGGUGCCACUUCACUUCAGGCUUCAUUGUUGAUCAGUCGCAUCCGCAAGCAACUCAAUACUGAGAUUUCUUUGUUGACACUCUAUGACAACUCGACACUGGGGAAGCUGGUAUCUAUCAUUGACUCCAAUCAAGGGGCCUCGAUGCCCACUGUCCGCAAUGAACGUGAUAUGUGGGUGGCCGAUACAUUGCUUGGGGAUGAUCUGCCCCUUCUGCCAGGCUUGGUUGUUGACUGGCGUCUGGAUACCGAAGGCCGGGUUUUUCUGACGGGGGCAACCGGCUUUUUGGGAGCUUAUCUGCUGGCCGAUCUUCUGCGUAUGCCAGAUGUGCACCAAGUUGGCUGCCUGGUUCGUGCAGCUAGUCCUGUCGCAGGUCUGGGGCGCUUAAAAGCAGCAUUGAUCAAGUACAAUCUCUGGCAAGAUGCCUUUCUCCCAAAGCUUUUGCCACUGUGCGGUAAGCUUGACGACCAUUGGCUCGGUUUGGGCCAAAGAAGAUUUGAACAAAUUGGAGAAUGGGCCAGUGUUAUCUUCCAUCUCGGGGCGAAGGUCAACUACACCCAGCCUUACUCGCUUCAUCGUUCGGCCAACAUCGUCGGAACGGUGAACGUAGCUCGGCUGGCUACCACCGGUCGCCUCAAGGGCAUGCAUUAUUGCUCUAGCAUCUCCUGUUUUGGUCCUACUGGCUUUGUUACUGGCGCCAAGGUUGUUUAUGAAGAUGGGCCCCUAAUGCCACACCUAGACGCGCUUACGUUUGACCAUGGAUACGCCCAAAGCCAGUGGGCCGCCGACGAACUGCUGCAGCGUCUCACCAGUCGGGGGUUCCCGAUUACUGUAUAUCGGCCAGGCUUCAUCACGGGCGAUGAAAUCACCGGCGCGUGCAAUCCAGAUGACUUCUUCAGCCGAUUGAUCCGCGCCAGCUUAGAACUGGGCUGCUAUCCGCAUUUACCCAAUCAGCGCAAGGAGUUCAUCACUGCAAACUACGUUGUGAGCGCGAUGCUACAUAUUGCAUCCAAUACGUUUGCAUAUGGCCAUGCCUUCCAUUUGAUCCCUGAUCGCGAUAAUUCUAUCGGUAUGGGAGAUGUCAUGAAGCUACUUGGCGAAUCGCAGGGCGUGUCUAUCAACUGCGUAGGCUACGAGGAAUGGAUUGAGCAGCUUUCAGCCAGCGGAAAUGUCAGCCUGCAGCCACUGCUCCCAAUGCUGGCGGAGAAAGUGCACGAAGGGCUCAGUCGAUGGGAGUUGUACGAAAACAUGCCCACGUAUGAUAAAACCAACACGAUGCGGGCUUUGAGGUUGUAUCCGGGUGGCUUAGAUUGCCGACCGUUCGACUGUGACCUGAUGAAGGGAUAUGUAUCUUACUUGGCAGGGCGAUAA